GUAGUGAUGCAGCACCAGGAGGAUCAGGCACUGCUGAAAGCGUACAUAAGCUCAUGGAAAAAGUUCUUCAGCCAAUGCUCAUACCUACCGAUGCCUUUCCAUCAGUUAGAACAGGCAUUGCUUAACAAACCGCCCACUAAUAGCACUCAGAAAAAGGGUAAUAACGAUGAAAGUAUUGUCCGAAAGUUAACGUUUAGCAAUAACAUCGGGAAAUUCGAUUUAGAUGUGACCACAUUUCAAAUGGCAGUGCUAUUCGUGUGGAAUGACAGACCAUUUGAUAAGAUUAGUUACGAGAAUCUAAGGCUUGCCACAGAACUGCCCGACCCUGAACUCCGCAAGACUUUAUGGUCUUUGAUUGCUUUUCCGAAACUCAAACGACAAGUACUCGUCUGCGAAAGUGACGUGAAAUCUGUGAAAGACUUCGAUGACAGCACUCUGUUUGCCAUUAAUCAGGAGUUUUCUGUUAUCAAGAACGGGAAGUCCCAACGACGUGGUAAAGUGAAUCUCAUCGGACGCCUACAGUUGGCUACCGAGAAGUGUCGCGAAGAGGACAACGAAUCGAUAGUCCGCUUAAGAAUACUUCGAACCCAAGAGGCGAUCGUAACCAUAAUGAAGAUGCGGAAGACUAUGACCAACGCUCAGCUCCAGACAGAACUCGUGGAGAUCCUGAAGAAUAUGUUUCUGCCGUCCAAGAAGAUGAUCAAAGAGCAGAUCGAGUGGCUUAUAGAGCACCGGUAUAUGCGUAGGGAUGACGACAAUAUCGGUCUAUUUAUAUAUAUGGCGUAAUGGAGGGUCUGGCAGGUGUUUGACCGCCUGUUGUCGACCCUUUGGAUGUGUAUUAAUGUAUCGAUUAUGUGGUAAUUGAUUGGGAGGUGUGUUAGCCUACUAUCCCCAGUGUGUGUGGUACGGGAGGUUUAGGAGGUGUUUAUGAAUGGCUAAUGAAUUGUCUGUUUUUUAAUUAUGAUUUCUUUAUCACCAUUAAUACCAUUCAACGCAUUGUUUUUAAUUAAUUAAUUGUUUUAUGA